AUGGUGGUGGCUCAUCAUCCGUCUAGUCGACAAGAAAAAUUACGUGACAUUGAACUUCCCAUCAUAGACUUUAUGGCGGAGAGAUCACAAGUGUCAAAGCUCAUUGUCAAAGCCUCUGAAAACUUGGGUUUCUUCAAAGUCAUCAACCAUGGUGUCCCCCAACAUGUCAUAAAAGCAAUGGAAGAUGAAAGCUAUGUCUUUUUUUCUAAACCGGCUUCCCAAAAACAACGUGCUGGACCGGCAAAUCCCUAUGGUUAUGGCUGCAAGAACAUAGGAUUCAAUGGAGAUUAUGGAGAAGUUGAAUAUUUGCUUCUUCAUACCAACCCUUUGUCUAUCUCUCAAACAUCCAAUUGUACUAUUUCCAAUGAUGACCCAACCCUCUUUAGGUGUGCAGUGAAUGGUUACGUAGCAGCAGUUAGGGAGUUGGCAUGUGAAAUAUUGGAGCUGAUGGCAGAAGGAUUAGGGGUCCCAGACCCAGAGACGUCAGUGUUAAGCAACUUCCUUAGGGACUCGGAUUCAGACUCUCUUCUUAGGCUCAAUCACUAUCCUCCACUACAACUUGUCAACAAUGGAAUUGGAUUUGGAGAGCAUACUGAUCCUCAGAUCUUGACCAUCUUGAGAUCCAACGAUGUCCCUGGCCUUCAAAUCUCAACACAAGACGGUUUCUGGGUCCCUGUCUCCCCUCACCCUUCUACUGCCUUCUGCGUCAAUGUGGGUGACGCCCUACAAGCACUGACGAACGGAAGGUUUUUGAGUGUAAGGCAUAGGGCAAUGGUGAAUUCUUGUAGAAGGAGGAUGUCAAUGGCUUACUUUGGUGCUCCAGCACCCAAUGCCAGGAUAGCUUGUCCCCCUGAGCUGCUCUCACCACACAAACCUAAUCUGUACAGGCCUUUCACUUGGGAUGAGUAUAAGAAAGCUACUUAUUCCAGGAAGCUUGGAGACACUCGCCUUCACUUCUUUAGGGUACAAUCAGAUCAUGAUGAUCUUACUGAAUGA